CAAACGGGAGAAGAUGGUAAAGUUUACAUGUAUAGCAUUUGACUAAUUUUGGACUGCGUUCCUGCCUCUAAGCCCCGCCCCCUCUGUCAUCUCAAUUGUUGUUUCGUUUAGUUUGUUUCUGGGCUGGUCAGUCAGUCCGAUUCAAGCACCAGAAUAGUAUCUGCUUUAUGAUCAGUGUUAAUUGUUAUAAGGGAGCGAUUUUUCACUGUAUAAGUACGUUUUAUAUUAUCGACAAAGCUUUAAAUAGUGAGUCAGCUCAAGUGACUUAGCUAGCUUAGCAAGACUAGACAUUAAGCGAUAGAAAUGCAUUAGAUUAUAUUGUCACAGUUAAUACAUAGAGUUAGUCGUGCUCUUGUUAUAAAUCAUAUAACUCUACUAGGCGCUAACCAAAUGGCUGGAACAGUAAGUCUAGAACUGGACCCUAUCUUUCUAAAAGGACUGGGAUACCUUCACUCCAAAAGCAAAGACUCAGCAGAGAAACUGAAGGCCCUCCUGGACGAGUCUUUAUCCAGGGGCAGCGAUUCCGUCUACAGAACAUCACUAAAGGAAACUGAAGUAAACAAGGUGUCGUUACCAAAAAUGACCAAACAAGACUCCAAGUCCUCCUCAAGUUCAUCUUCAUCAUCUAUCGCCAGCAGCAGCAGUAAGUCAGGCCCCUCAGAGAAGACCAAGAAAGAGGUAGAGAAAAGGUCCUUGGAAAAGGUUAGGGUUGAACCUGGGGAUGGAGCAGAGCCGGCUAAAAAACCCCGUAUUGACAGACAAGACAGCCAUUCCUCCCCUGUUGCUUUUCAAACUAAGGAUGUUCCAUUACCAGAUUUCCCAGACAAUGAUGAAACCAAUGCUGAUGACUUUGCCAUGGAAAUGGGCCUUGCUUGUGUGGUUUGUCGACAAAUGACCGUCACAUCUGGAAAUCAACUUGUUGAGUGUCAAGAAUGUCAUAAUUUAUAUCAUCAGGAGUGUCACAAACCUCAGGCUACUGACAAGGAUGUCAACGAUCCACGACUAGUGUGGUACUGUGCUCGAUGCACAAGACAAAUGAAGCGAAUGGCUCAAAAGACCCAGAAACCACCACAGAAACCGGCCCCUCCUUUGGCAACAGCGGUACCUAUGUUGAAAGAUCCACUAGUGAAAAAGGCUGAGCUGAAGCCCAAACCUGAAACGGCGGGUUCAUUCCAGGCCUUUAAGAGAACAGAGGUGAAAACAUCUGCAGUAUCAGGAAACUCUUCUAGCAGCAACACGUCUUUGCCACCAAGCGGGGGCCUGACAGGAUGGGCCGCCUUUACCAAGACCUCUAAUGUCGGACCCUCCAGUACCAAGUUAGGUACCAGUCAACAGGGUGGUAGUAAAUCUACCCCACCUCCCUCAGGCUCUAAAGCUGUGGGACUCUCUGCAUUGGCAAAUGUUAAACCAGGUCUGGCAACCAAACCGACAGGUAGUGGUGGUGGUGGAACUGGUAAUGGGAACAAUGGCUCCAGCACGGUGCCCAUUAAACCACCCCCUCCUCUCACACUUGGCAAACAGGUGUUGAGCCGCUCGUCGAGUGGAGACAGUUUAGGGAAAAUGACGGUGACUGGAUCUUUAUCACCUGGGGCAGCACCGUCUAGCAGUCUUGGAGGUAACAGUGGCUCAGGAAGCAAUGGAGGAGGCAAUGGGGGCAAUAGUUCUAGCAGUAGUAACAACAACAACAAUGGGGCAAAAGCCUCAGCUGAUGGAAAAGCACCCACCUCACAGGAGUCUCAGCUCAAUGCUAUGAAACGUCUGCAAAUGGUCAAGAAAAAAGCAGCACAGAAAAAAAUGAAGAAAUGAGUGGGGAAAUGGAAGAUUACGUUUAAGAGAAAACAAAUCCUGUAUGUGAAGUCAUAUACUUGAAUGUAAAUGUUACUGGUCUUCUCAAUGGUUCGGUUUAAAGUUGUGCCUCAUUUUAUUUCAAAGCCAGCCACAUACUGAAAACAAGCUGCUCCAUUUUUAUGAAACGUUUCAAUAAAUAACUUCCUUUUUUAGAAAUGUCAG